AUGGCUUUCACAGAGAAUACACCACCCGCAACGCCUUCUUCUAACGCAAGACUUAGGCGUCUCAAGUCUCUGAAGAAAACCUUCAAGGUACCUUCUUCAAUGGGCUCUAUCACCUCUCCUCGUAUUCGUAAGUCUGUCUGCUCUCCGCUUUUGCUAUUGAGAUGAGAUCGGUAGUGUCAUCUAAUGACCCUGCAUCGGAUUGAACUUGGCCUGUCUGGAAUUAGAAUAAUGCUGACCAAGAUAUAUAUAUAGGGGCCGAAAGUGGUCAACCAGAGCCAGCGACACCAAAGAAUGUAGCUUCGCCGCUAUCUACUGGUGGGACUCUACAGUAUUACACUCCAAUCAAUGCUCCAGCUGGUCAUGCUCCAACCGACAACGACAACGACACCGACAACGACAACGACAAUGACAACAACAACUACAACGACAACGAUAACGACAAUGAUAAACACAACGUCGUAACAAAAAACAGUGCCAUCAACAAAGGCAAGACUGUUGAUACAACCCUUGUCAACCGGACUGGCCACGCCUACCAAAGCGACCAUUUAGCACCUGGCAACCAAGUCGCGAACGCACCUCUCAACAAAGGCACGAACGCAACGAACGCGACAUCAACUAACAACGUCACAAGCGCAGCAACCCUUGACCAAGCUAACAACACAACUUCUGACAACGACGCUCCUUCUGAGGAAGCUCCUACCACGAAGCUACAAACCAGAAUUAAAGGUCAAUUCAUUGCGCAAAUGGACAUGCUUGAGCUUCUACCUCAGCGAAUUCAUAUUCGCAAGGUUGGAAAGGAGUUGUGUGAGCAAAAGGCUCAAAUCUACGAGUUGGAAGAAGAGUCUGCGUCUGCCCUCGAAGGACUGCCCUACAUGGAGAUGCAGUAUCACAGCUCUAAGCUAAAGUACAAUCAGCUCCUCGAAAUCUAUGGGGAAAAGGAGCGAAUUGCCGAGGCACUCUUGAAGGAUACUGCAAACAUGUCUCCAAUGGAGAAACUCACGGCUCGUCGAGCAGAACUGGCUGUCGUCGAGAUGAAGCCUGAAAUCCUUCGCCGAGCCAUCGAUCUUGAAGAGUUAGAGUUGGUUCUGGCUGAGAAGAAAUCAAAGUCAAUGAACGCCGAAGACAAAAUCGCUGCAUUGAAGGAGAAGGUAGACAAUAACCAGGAGAUGUUGGCCGUCACCGAAAAGGAGGCAGAUGCGCAUGUUUUCAAAUUUUCGGAUACGCUACCUGCCAGCUCAUUGACCCCAGCCGGCAUCAAAGCAUCACUCGAAACAACUGUUAAGGUUCUGACAGAGAGAUUGGAUCAGGUAGAGCUACUCCUAGAGUCCGUUACCGAAAUUGAGAAGAAGGGGGACGACGAGGGAGAUGACGAGGACGCUAUUCAACACAAUCGACUCAGAAAGACCCGUUCGGCACUUAUUAAGGAACUCGAGGAGGCUCACGAACGUAAUGAGUGAGUAUCAUCAUUUUGUUUCCGAAUUUCUAUCAAACAUGAUAACUGACUUCAAGGUUCUGCAGGCAACUUAUUCCAUUGUUCCUUGUUGGCUACCACGUUCGCUCAAAGCGCAUCGAGGAGCUCAUCGCAAAGAAGGGUAAUCGGAAGCCUGACGUUCAUCUACUCGCCACAGGUUCUGCCGCCGCUCUUGAUGCUGACGUAAAGGCCGACGCUACCUUGGAUGUCCAUUUCAAAAACGACAAGCUCAAGCAGGAUGGCAAGUCCACUUACUUCAAAGACUUCUAUCACCUCGAUCCAGAGCUCGUAUGGAAGCACAGAAACUUCACAAUGUUCGUUGACAUGAUCAACAUGGGUGUAGAUAUGGAUACAUGGCGCAACCGAACCCCGGCUUUUGUCGACAACUACAAUAAGCUCAUUAAGGAGAUUCUCCCCGAUUUCAAGAUCGGCAGUGAUGAGGAGCUUCAAGCCGUGUUUGAGUUGGAUCGCGCUUUCGGUACCAUGGACGCAACGUACAACAAGAUCGCCUACGACUUGCGAAAGCCGGCAAUCCUCGCGGAGAACUAUAAGCUGCCAGCUGCAGGUCCAAGUGCUGCCCCAGCCGGUGACAAAGCUCGUUCAGGUUAACCGGGUUAAAGGGACUGGGAUGGAAUACAACAUACGGAGGUGCACUGAUAGACGGGCAGAUACCCACGGUCGGCUAUAAGCAGAAGCUUGGUUUACAGUCACAAGCAUUCUUGUAUUUUGUUUUCAUUUCUUUUACCUAGAACCAAGCAUUGAGCAACAGACUCUGGAUGAUGAUUGGGAGGAAAUCUUAAGUCUUGAGUUGUAUUCUUGCUUUAAUACACUCAGCUCUGUACACACUUCUUUCUUUCUUGUUCUUUCU